AUGCCAAAAGCUGAUCUUUCCGGUUUGCCUCCCUCUGGUGGAGCUACUCAGUCCUUGAAGUCGAAGGACCCUCUUCCUGCUGAGCCUGUGAAGGUGAUUCCUCCUACUGCUGAUGCAAAAUCACAACGACCUUUGAAUGCCCCAAAAAAGAGUAAUGGCCAUCCUAUUCCUUUGGCGGGCAAGGCAGCUCCUCUAGCUGCGUCAUCCACUAGGGUGAGUUCAAGUGAGGUGGCUGGUAGCUCUAAAUAUAGCUCCUCAAAAGACAAUAGCCCUCUAAUCCCGGCCGUUCCUCCUGACCUGAAGAAGCCUACCUUUCAAGACCAGCUCCUCUUAUUAUGCCCGGAUCUCCCUUCUGCUCAGCCUGCAUCGACUCCGAAUUGUCAUGGGCUUAGCAAGAAGAGUGCUCCCCGUGGGAGGAUUUUGGUGGGUUGGAACCCAACUCUGGUUAGUUUUGAUGUUUCCUCCCAAAAUGCUCAGGCAAUUCAUGGUAGCCUGACUUCCAUUUUGACUGGAUUCAGCCUGGCUGUGGCUGGCAAUUUCAAUGCCAUCAAUGACUCAUCGGAUCGUUUCGGUGGCUCUGAUACCUGGAUUCCCUAUUUUGAUGAUUUCAGCAACUGUUUGGAUCAGACGGACGUUGAGGACUUAAGAGUAUUACCCCAGGUUCACUCAAGGAAACCUUUUAAGUUCUUCGAUUUUUGGAUGGAGUACCCUAAGUUCGACUCCAUUGUUAAACAUGUUUGGGAUAGCCCCGGAGUUGGCGUAUCUAUGUAUAAGCUUGUUAGCAAGUUGAAGACUCUAAAGGGCCGUCUCAAGCUGUUAAAUAAAGAGUCAUUCUCGGAUAUUUCUACAAGAACGGCUGAAGCGAUGAAUGCCUUGAGGAUUACCCAACAUGCCUUGCAUCAAGACCCGACCAAUAUCACUUUUGCUGAGUUGGAGAAGGUUCAGCAUCGGUGCUUUAUGGAUUUAAAAAGCCAAGAGGAAUCCUUUUACAGACAGAAAUCCAGGAUUAGAUGGCUCCAGGAAGGUGAUAGAAACACGAAGUUUUUUCAUCACUCUGUUAGUAGAAGACAGCUUCGCAAUAGAAUUCUCUCGAUCAAGGAUUCUUCAGGCACACUGAUCAUGAAUCCGAUUGGAGUGCAGCAAGUCUUUAUUUCUUAUUUUACCAACCUCCUUACAUCACAAGUUGUCCUCACGAAGCCUUCGAUGCAGGAGGUGCAGGCGCUCAUCAGAAGUCCACUUUCAACGGAGCAUAUCAGGUUUCUUUCUCAACCUGUGCUAGAUGCUGAGAUUUGGGAUACUGUCUUCUCCCUCCCUAGAGGCAAGGCCCCUGGACCUGAUGGUUUUACUGCUAAAUUCUUCAAGAGUUGCUAA